AUGGUAUCAGAGCUCUACCGGAGUUACGUCGCAGCGGUAACGACGAACAUAGCUUCCGGCGAAGGAACUUCAGCCGGAAAUCCAGCCGGAGACGAGAAUGCCUCAUUCGCUCAUCUGAAUGCCACGAAUUCGAACCCUAAUGGUCGAAACGAUGAAUUCGACGACCCCCUCUAUCUUCACAUAACCAAGAAUCCGAAUCUGGUCUUGGUUUCUCCUCCUCUGACAGAGCUCAAUUACUCAUCGUGGAGCAGGUCCAUGAAGAUAGCUCUUGAGGUGAAGAACAAAUUCGGCCUCGUUGACGGUUUAAUUCCUUGUCCAAGCCAUCUCGAUGCCAGAUAUACUGUGUGGAGGAGAUGCAACAACAUAGUGUGUUCGUGGAUUCUGAAAUCCCUAAAUUCCACCAUUGCAGAGAGUGUACUCUAUUGCGAGAAGGCUCAGGACAUCUGGAAUAAGCUCAAGGAGAGGUACUUACAAACAGAUCCUCACAAGAUAGCUGAAAUCCAGAACGAGAUAUUCAGAAACACACAAGGUAACAAAACUAUCAAUGAAUACUUUACCAAGUGUAAUGCUCUGUGGGAACAGCUGAACGCAAUGAGACCUCUGCCAAAUUGUGAGUGCAACCCUAGAUGUUCCUGCACUCUGCUUAGUAAAAUUCAGAAAGAGAAAGAAGAUGAUCGAGUGAUUAGAUUCUUAUAA